AUGGCAACCAAAGCCAUAAGGCUGUACAUCCGCACAAAGCGCUCGACGGAUUAUAACGCCGAAGGAUUUGCAUGCAUCAGCAAUCUUAGCAAAUGUGCCCAUGUUACUAGCUUCGUAGGGACCCAAAUGAAAUGGUCUAUGGGCGAAACCCCAGGGAGACCUCCAAGUAGAGAGCUAGUGAAGUUCUGCAUGCUUGACAACGUCAAAACCCUUGGUCUUCCCAUGUACCACCCUCGCGCGACAGAGACGCAGCUCGUUGCGCUUUCAGCAACAAUCGAAAACGCGAUCACCACUUCACAAGGCAGGAAAUCCUUCAUUCCCCUCGCUCCUUCGUCAGCCUUUUGGAAUCCAUCGCGCAAGAGCGCCCUAAUAUCUCUUUCAGGAGGAUUUAACAUGACUGGCCAAGUCUACAAGCCUGUGAACGGGAAAGACGUCAGCCCCUUAAGAGGUGAGGAUGGUUUGCUUGGUCCAUGUGGCCAUCAAUCGCCGCAAUGUCCACCGGCUCGAGCUUUUGAAGAUGGCAAAUCUGGCCGACAACAAAGCCCAGUGAGACGAGAGAGACUCCUUUCUCACGUGGGAUGGCCUUCAGUUGGAGGUCAUCAAGGCUGUGGUGAACAAUGA